CACAAACCAAAGGAUUAGUGGUGGAUUUUUCUUGACAAUAUUAUUUGUAGGGAAAAGGAAAAAUAUUCUUUGGGACAAGGACCUGAAGAAAUGUUUUGGAUUCUUCCAUUCCUUGUUACCUCAUUGGCCACCUAUUACUUGCUGGACCAGCUGAUCCGAUCUAAGAAGGUCAAAGGCUACAGCACCAAAUAUGUCUACGUCACGGGGUGCGACUCCGGAUUCGGCAAGGAACUUGUUCAAUGUCUCGACAGUCUUGGGUUUAAUGUGUUUGCCGGUUGCCUGACCGAAGAAGGGAAACAAUAUUUGUCAAAGAAUUGUUCGAAUCGGGUUCUGGCUAUCCUACAUGACGUCAGUAAUGCCGAGAGUUGCCAGAUGGCACUGAAGACAGUACAAGAGAAUCUGCCACCAGACGCUGGUCUGUGGGGCUUGGUGAACAACGCCGGUAUCUCAGGCAACAUGGCGCCCAGUGAACUAUGCGACAAGGAUGAGUACCUAAAGGUGAUGGCCGUCAACCUGGUCGGUCUCAUCGACACGACGCGCGUGUUUCUGCCAUUGAUCCGGAAGGCGGGUGGUCGAGUGGUCAACAUGGCCAGCGCCGCGGGUAGAAUCGCCUUCUGCAUGCCUCCAUAUUCGGUGUCCAAGUUCGGAGUUGAGGCGUAUUCUGAUAUUUUGAGGAGAGAACUCUACGGGAGAGGUGUACGAGUUAUCCUGAUAGAGCCUGGCGCGUACAUCACCAACAUCUUCAACACUAAACGACUUCUGGGUCAGGUCAAAGCGGCUUACGAGAAGACAACCGAGGAGGUCAAGAUGACAUACGGAGAUAUUAUUGGCAAAUUUGAAGCAGGUGUUGCGACCAUUAUGAAGAGUGGGUCAGCCAACACCAGGCCAGUGAUCGACGCCUACCUGCACAGCUUGACCUCCAGCUUCCCCAGGACCAGGUACACCGUUGGCUCGGAUGCCAUGUUUACCUACAUACCUGUGUCCUACCUGCCUACUUGGAUCAGUGAUUGGCUGCUGCAAUAUGUCUAAGUGUUUAUCUACAUUCUGACAUGUAGGCAUGAUUCACAUAAGCUGACAUGUAGACCAUACAAAUUACGUAUGUUUUUAAAAAAAAAAAAAUGUACUCUACACAAAUGUUAAAGUGUAGUGAAGAGAUAUCUGUAUUAUUAACUAUAUCAUCACCCAUUCAAUAGCAGCUGCCAUCUUUUAAAGGAAAAUAAAAUUAACUAGUGUUAAUAGUUUAAAGAAAACCUCUUAUCAAGUGAUAAAGCUUAAUUUUUCAACCAUUUCAUCCACAAUUUCUUAAAAAAAAAACCAAA